GGGAAGAAAGCGGGUGGGUAGCAACAGUUGCCCCGGUGAGGACGAAGCGCCAUAGCCACGGUAGCCCUGGCGACAAGAACCCAGCAACGAGAAUCAACAACAACAGCCUGAAUCCUUGAAAAAAAUAAAAACAAAAAUACCGGUGGGAAAUUCACUUGGAAUCAGAGUGUCUGAGUCCCAGUUCUCGUGAUGGCCACGACAGGCUACGUUGGGGAGUUGCAGCCCGUGACGACCCAGCCCCAAGGGGCAGCGAGUGGGAGUGUGACGGUGGCGGGACAGUCCUCAGCAUCCGCUGCCCCACACACCGUGGUAGCUCCUACGCAGCAGUUCCUGGCUCAGCUUCAGACCACAGUGGGGGCUCCUGCAGCCGCAGCAGGACACACCACACCCCCUGCACAAGCCACUCCCACAGCGGCACAGAAGACAGCAGUUGUCCAGGUGGCGCCCACACCGGCUCCUCCCCCCCAGACCCAGUAUGUGACGGCUGAGAUCCAGGGUUCCUCAUCACAGGCCAACAACGCCCAGAACGCCCCCCAGUACAUCGUAGUCACCGUCACAGAGGGCUCUCUCCAUUCAAGUGACUCUGUGUCUGACUCGAGCCCUCCUCCAGCUGUGGUACAGCAGACUGGGGUUCCCACACAGGUGGUGCAGCAGGUGCAAGCAGCACAGCAGAGGUCAGUGGUGCAGGCAACGUCCCAGAUCACAGCCAAGACUGAACAGGGUAUCACCACCCAGCUGAGUGUCACCAACCUGCAGCCUGUCCACCUCACUCAGGAGGUGCAGCAGCAGCUCCAGCAGGUGCCAGUGCAGCAUGUGUACACCAAUCAGGUGCAGUAUGUUGAAGGGGGAGACAACAACUACACCGCCAGCACAAUUCGUUCAGGCAGCUUCACCUACACAGACACCCCUCUGUACACUCAGACCACCACCGCCCCUUACUACGAAGCCCCUCCCACUUCUGGCUCACAGGUCCCCACCACCGGCACACCCCUGACCGUCUCCGUGACAACGGGCUCCACCGGUGGUGUGUCUAUGUACGUGGCUGGCACAGGCCAGAUUGUGGCCAAUCCGGCGGCCGCCUCUGGGGGUGGGGCAACGGUGGUGGCGACAGGGGGAACAGCCAAUGGGACUGGGGAAGGGGCGGGGGCUAAUGGAAGCGGGGGCAGCUAUGUGAUCCAGGGGGGGUACAUGCUGAGUGGCAACAGUCAGGGGGGCUACUCCACCCACAACGCCCGCUCCUCUCCUGCCACCGUCAGUACAACAGAGGGCGAGGAGGGUAGUGGCGUACCGUCGGCAGACAAAAAGGUGCAGUGGCUGCUAGAUAACUAUGAGACAGCUGAAGGGGUCAGUCUGCCUCGCUCCACCCUCUACUGCCACUACCUGCUGCACUGCCAGGAGCAGAAGCUGGAGCCCGUCAACGCUGCCUCCUUUGGGAAGCUGAUCAGAUCCGUGUUCAUGGGGCUACGCACGCGCCGCCUGGGCACCCGGGGGAACUCCAAGUACCACUAUUACGGCCUGAGGAUCAAGGCCUGCUCCUCUCUGAUCAGACUGAUGGAGGACCAGCAGCACCUGGCCAUGAGACAGCAGCCCUUCUCUCAGAAACAGAGGUUGAAGCCGGUGCAGAAGGUGGAGGGGAUGACCAAUGGCAUGGCGGCAGGCUCGGGCCAACAGCAGCAGCAGCAGGGGGCGGGGCUCUCUGACAUCAGCGCCCAAGUGCAGCAGUACCAGCAGUUCCUGGACGCGUCUCGGACCCUCCCAGAGUUCCCUGACCUUGACCUGCAGGGGAAGGCCCUACCGGAGGGCAUAGAACUGGAGCACAUCAAGAGCUUCCAGCUGCUGUAUCGGGAACACUGUGAGGCUAUUCUGGACGUGACGAUCAACCUGCAGUUCACCCUGGUGGAGACCCUGUGGAAGACCUUCUGGAGGUUUGAAGAGAGCCAGAGUGGAGACACUGGCACACUGGCUGUACAUGAUGAGUCUGAGAAGCGCCUGCCUAAGGACUGUCUAGUGAUCCUGUGUAAGUACGACCCUGUGCUCCGCUGGAGCCGCGACUGUGACAACACCCUGUACCAGGGCCUGGUGGAGAUCCUCAUCCCCGAUGUGCUGCGGCCCAUCCCCAGUGCCUUAACUCAAGCCAUCCGCAACUUUGCCAAGAGUCUGGAGAGUUGGUUGACCAACGCUAUGAUGAACAUCCCAGAAGAGAUGGUCCGCAUUAAGGUAACGUCAGCCAGUUCGUUUGCCCAGACGCUGCGCAGGUACACCUCUCUGAACCACUUGGCCCAGGCAGCCAGGGCCGUGCUACAGAACACAGCUCAGAUAAACCAGAUGCUCAGCGACCUCAACCGCGUGGACUUCGCCAAUGUUCAGGAGCAGGCGUCGUGGGUGUGUCGCUGUGAGGACCGUGUGGUGCAGCAGUUGGAGCAGGACUUCAAGCUGACCCUGCAGCAGCAGAACUCUCUGGAGCAGUGGGCUGCCUGGCUGGACGGGGUGGUCUCCCAGGUCCUAAAGCCCUACCAAGCCAGCGCCGCCUUCCCCAAAGCAGCCAAGCUCUUCCUGCUCAAGUGGUCCUUCUACAGUUCCAUGGUGAUUAGAGACCUGACUCUGCGUAGUGCUGCCAGCUUCGGAUCCUUCCACCUGAUCAGACUGCUGUAUGAUGAGUACAUGUACUACCUGAUAGAACACAGAGUGGCCCAGGCUAAAGGAGAGACACCCAUCGCUGUCAUGGGAGAGUUCGCCAGUCUUGGCAGGAGUUUGAACCCACUGGAUCCAGACAAAGAAGAGGAAGAGGAGGAGGAAGAGGAGAGCGAUGAUGAGUGUCAGGAGCUGUCUCUGCCCUCUGACGGGGCGGGCCUGGGGGAGGAGUCUCUGGAGCCGCCUACCAAGCUGGCCAGAACCGACCAGAGAGUACUCUUCACCACGGGGCAGGACUGAACACACACACUGAUACACACAUGCACAAACACACUUCCAUUCACAGACUGACUUACACAAAUACUCACACAUAACUGCAUUGAUUGAUAAACAUUUGUAUACACACAUACACCAAGAUACCCUUGUAUACACUAAUAUGUACACUAGAGGUUGACAUUCAUUCCUGUUCUGUCUUGUCCUGUAAAAAAAUGUUUCCUGUAAUGCCCGGAUCCUGCAGCGUUUCUAUAACCCCGGAACUUUCCUGUCCCAUUCUGAUAAAUAUCACUCCCGUCCCAUGCAGAUUUUUACACACAGAAAUCAUUUAUUCCGUUACGCCUCGAUCACACCAAUAGCGUCAUUGCAUUUUGGUACACCAGAUGUACAUUCAUUUCCACUGGAACACUGUGUUUGCCUUGCAGCAUUUCGUUGCAGAGGCAGUUGCAGUGCGUUCUGUGUGGUGGAAACGUUGGAUUUAUCAAACGUAUGCAUCAGACUGUAUGUGAAGACGUUCUGUGUGGUGGAAACGUUGGAUUUAUAGAACGUAUACAUCAGACUGUAUGUGAAGACGUUCUGUGUGGUGGAAACGUUGGAUUUAUCAAACGUAUGCAUCAGACUGUAUGUGAAGACGUUCUGUGUGGUGGAAACGUUGGAUUUAUAGAACGUAUACAUCAGACUGUAUGUGAAGACGUUCUGUGUGGGGGAUACGUUGGAUUUAUAGAACGUAUACAUCAGACUGUAUGUGAAGACGUUCUAUGUGGGGGAUACGUUGGAUUUAUAGAACGUAUACAUCAGACUGUAUGUGAAGACGUUCUGUGUGGUGGAAACGUUGGAUUUAUAGAACGUAUACAUCAGACUGUAUGUGAAGACGUUCUGUGUGGGGGAAACGUUGGAUUUAUAGAACGUAUACAUCAGACUGUAUGUGAAGACGUUCUGUGUGGUGGAAACGUUGGAUUUAUAGAACGUAUGCAUCAGACUGUAUGUGAAGACGUUCUGUGUGGUGGAAACGUUGGAUUUAUAGAACGUAUACAUCAGACUGUAUGUGAAGACGUUCUGUGUGGGGGAAACGUUGGAUUUAUAGAACGUAUACAUCAGACUGUAUGUGAAGACGUUCUGUGUGGUGGAAACGUUGGAUUUAUAGAACGAUUACAUCAGACUGAAUGUGAAGACGUUCUGUGUGGGGGAUACGUUGGAUUUAUAGAACGUAUACAUCAGACUGUAUGUGAAGACGUUCUGUGUGGUGGAAACGUUGGAUUUAUAGAACGUAUGCAUCAGACUGUAUGUGAAGACGUUCUGUGUGGGGGAUACGUUGGAUUUAUAGAACGUAUACAUCAGACUGUAUGUGAAGACGUUCUGUGUGGUGGAAACGUUGGAUUUAUCCAACGAUUACAUCAGACUGUAUGUGAAGACGGCCUGACAGAAAUGGUAGCAGAAGGUGAAGGUUGAACUGUUGUUGAACACAUCCAGAUGAUGCUGCGUACCAUUUUGCGUAAUGACGCUAUCAUGUGAUCGGGGCGUAGAGUAGUGACUGGCUCCAACUGAAGCGAGGUGUGAGAGUGAGCUGGAAGGAAGGAAAUUAUCAUUAGAUUUAGAUUUUUUUCAUUAAGUGAACGAUAUUAGGCCUACACAGUUUAUUUUAAUUAAAUGCUCCACACAUUACCAUCCUGUGGAUUGUCGAUCCUGUGCUGUCCUGAACAUGACUCUAGAACUUCCCAUUCCUGACAGACCUGUUCCCAUGUCAACCUCUGAUGUACAGUUUCUACACACAUUUGAGUGUAGAUAUUGUACACACACACACACAUGUUCAUACACUCAAUAAACAUUUCUGCAUUCUCUACACAUAGAUGCUGACCCAACAGUACACAGACACACACAGACACAGUCCCAAUAAGGUCUGUAUGGCACAAGUCUGCUGUAAGCACAGAUACCACACAUGCAUGGAUGGGCACACAAUCACCGGUCCGGCAUUGCUGCACAAAGGACACAGGGUGAACUUACACACACACACACACACCCGACCCAUGGAGUGAAGAGUGUUUGUUGUCACUUGAAUGGAUCUGUGUAUUGAACAAGGACCUGCCAUGUUUCUCUGUAUUGGUGUCACUGGCUGACAACAGGGCAGCACAAUGUACAUGCCAACCUAAACUACCCUCCAACAACUGUCUGCUGUACCAAGGUGGUCCUGAAGAUGUGACGGUUAACAGUUUGUCCUCCCUUACCCAACCCUUCUGUAUAGGGAGGAACGGAGGGAGGAAGAGGAAAUGGCUGCUUACGAUUCUGCAGUUCUAAAUUGUUCAUUUAGCUCUCACUCUCAUGUCAAUCAAAGCCCAAGAGCCAGUCAGAAGGAGAUGGGGCAUGUGGGUGACAGCAGAUAGACUGUAAAGAGAGUUGUUGUGUGUGUUUUUGAUGCCCGUGGGGUGUGUGUGUUUUUUGAUGCUCGUGGUGUGUGCGUGUGUGUGUGUGUGUGCUGGGGUCCUACUGCUGUGCUGUAUUUUUAGGGUGCGAUUGAACAUGCGUGGAUUUAUCUGAUUGUGUGUGUCUUGUAACGUGUGUCUGGUUGUACGAUUGUUGAGUCUGUGCUUCAGAAGAAGUGUUGACUGUAUAUUUGGUGGAUAUUUUCAAAGGCAUUCAAAAUCAUUUUGGGUGAAUGUUUUUAUUGGUUCUUUUUAAUUUGAUUUGUUCCUUUCCUGAAAAAGAGUGUCAUGGUUUUGGGGGUUCCUGUUACAACCACUCACACACGCACACAAAAUAUAAAACCCUGGUUUAAAGGUGUUUCCAUGUCAACCCCACAGAUGUGGAACAGUAGUCCCACCAUUUCUCUCCACUGCAGCAUCCAUCUGCCUCUGCUGCUGAAUGUGCAGUUCUGUACAGAGAGAUCUGUUCAAUAUAUAUUCCUGUUUGUGUUUUCAAGUGCUUCAUUGCCAUCUGUUUUAUUGGUUUCUGUUGAGACCUUUGUGGCCUCUUGUCGUCCACACGUCAUUGCGCCAGCCUUAUUUUUUAUGUUUGUUUAUCUUUUUCAUUUCUGCACCAGACAUUUCUGAUUUCAAAUAAUUACUUUGUUUACAUAUUCCAAGAAGGACUGUGCUGGACUGAGUUAAAAUGCGAUAAUAUAAUUAUAUAUAUGUGUGUCACUCUAUUUCCUUUUCAUUGUCACAAAGUGAACCUUUCUUGUCUGGUGAUGUGGUGUCAAUCUGUCACACACUAAGUAUAUUUUGUGUGUAUGUGUAUUUACUGAGAGUCGUUAUUGAGUGUGAGUAUGUAUGUUUGAUUUCAGUUCUCCUCAAAUGAGCUCUCCAUACAUACACGCGCCAAGGGUCCUGCUUCGUUUGCACAGUCACAGUCAAUGACUGUCCUUUUAUAUGGUGAGAUGUCAGUAGCCUGAUCCCAAAUAUGUUUGUACUAUCUUGCCAACUCUUGGUUUGACAAUGACCAUAUAAGUUGGCGAGACAGCACAAACUGAUCAGGUACCAGGCUAGAAUAUAACAGUUCUGCCUAUUUAUCACAGACAGUCUCCACUUGGAGAUCCCUAUAGAUCUCUUUCAUGUACAGUACUGUAUAUCUGUGUCUGAUGGAAUCACAGCACACAGGUGUAAGGUAUUCUGAGGAAAACCCUUACAGUCGGUGCCAUUGUUGUAUGGGUUUAGCAUGGUCCCAGAUCUGUUUGUGCUGUCUUAUAGAAGUUGGAAUGACAGCACAAGCAGAUCUGGGGUCAGGCUCGAUGUGAAACGAGACAGGGGAAUCAGACACCCUAUCUUCCUCUACAUCUCUCAUUCUGUCUCACUCGUUUCCUUCCUGCUAAAGUUUUUCUGCUGUUGUUUUGUUGUUGAAGCCAUUUUCAUAGAACAUUGUCCACCACGAUCAGUUCGGUUGUUGAACAUGUAUUGUAUGAACAUUUCAUUGCAUUUAAGUGUCCCAAGAAUGUUUUCAAAGGCAGCAAUGCAUAUCUUGAGCACGCAGCGAGGACCUCUAAACCAGCAUGUUUAACACUCUGGGGCGUCUGCUACUACCACAGCUGAUGAUAUAUCCUCCCAUGUCCUGCGGAUCUCCCGAUACGAUGGCCAUUCUUUUCCAGACAACAUUUUUUGUCAUUUUUAUAGAGUUCAGUUUCUUACUUCUAAAAACGGUAUUGUGUGGCAGUGUUUUAUGAAUUUGGUCAAAUACACGUAUGACUGUGCCUUUGGGAGGUUGUGGAAUGCACUUCAAAUGUUUUUAAUUUUAAAGAUAUAAAAUAAAUUAAGAAUUUUUUAAGUUGUCA